CAACACCCGCCAGGAGAAGUUUGUUGUUUUAAUCAGCAAUGGCUCUCAAUAUACCAGGUCUGAUAAUGAUGGUGGCGUUCUAUUUGCUUGUGUUGGGAACUGGCAUCUGGGCAUCUGUGAAAUCAAAGAAAAUGGAGAAAAACACACAAGGUGGACGGUUAGAGUUUUCUUUUUUGGCUAACCGCAGUGUCAGCUUGUUCGUGGGAGUCUUUACAAUGACAGCCACCUGGGUCGGAGGUGCCUUUAUCAUUGGAAUUGCAGAGUCAGUUUAUGACCCCACCAGGGGUCUAAUCUGGGCUCUUCUGCCUCUGCAAAUAUCUGUUUCCUUUGUCAUCGGUGGACUGUUUUUUGCAAAGCCAAUGAGGGAGAACAAUUACAUCAGUAUAAUGGAUCCAUUUCAGAGGAAGUAUGGAAAAGCACUGACUGUGGCUCUUGCCAUUAUACCAGUCAUAGCUGAAGUUUCCUGGACAAGUGCAACACUGGUGUCCUUGGGAGCAACCAUGAGUGUGGUGUUAGAUCUGCCCUUCAGUGUUUGUGUCUGGAUCUCUGCUGCAGUGGCAAUCAUCUACACUGGUCUUGGAGGUCUCUACUCAGUUGCUUCCACUGAUAUAAUCCAAAUAUCACUGGUGCUUCUUGGCUUGUGGCUGUGUGUCCCCUUCGUUCUGGCAAGUGACGUUUAUACUGACAUCACUAAAACAGCAUGGAACCACACGUAUCAGGUGUCCUGGCUUGGCCACCUUGAGUCUGAUCAAGUCAGGAGAUGGAUUGAUGAUUUUCUGGUGUUGUGUGUGGGCAAUAUGGCUCUGCAGGAUUUCCAUCAAAGGAUACUCUCCUCCAGCUCCACAUCCACAGCUAGAAUCAUUUGUUUUAUGGCGGCAGUAGCCGUGAUCAUUGCGGGAAUCCCAUCUGUACUGAUCGGAGCUGUUGCAGCUUCAACAGACUGGAACUCCACCUCAUAUGGUUCUCCUUCUCCAUAUGAACGAGGGGAGGCGGCCAUGGUGUUGCCCAUCAUCCUUUGGCAUUUAACCCCAAGAUACAUUUCUGCUUUUGGCGUGGGAGCCAUUGCUGCUGCAGUGAUGUCAUCUGCUGACUCUAAUAUUUUGUCUGCAACCACCAUCUUCACCACCAACAUCUACCAGACCAUCAGGAGUCAGGCAUCAGAUAAAGAGCUGCAGUGGGUGAUUCGUCUCUCCAUAGUGGUCGCAGGACUUCUGGGAACGUCGCUCGCCUCCCUCAACAACAGCGUGAUGGUGUUCUGGAUCCUGAGCUCAGACCUGACUUACACCAUUUUAUUCCCUCAACUGAUCUGCGUCCUCUUCACAGAAGUUUCCAACAAUUGCGGGGCGAUCGCAGGCUACCUUGUUGCAGUGGUAAUGAGACUGUUGUGUGGAGAGCCGAUGUUUGGUCUUCCUGUGAUCCUGCAGUUCCCAGGCUGCACUUUAGAAGAUGGUGUUUACAUUCAGCGCUCUCCCGUCAAGACCAUUUGCAUGCUGUUUGUGCUGGUCUCCAUUCUCAUAGUUUCCUAUGUGGCCUCACUCCUGUUUAACAAGGGGAUCCUUCCGGAGAGGUGGGAUGUGUUCAAGGUGAAAUCCCAGGGAGCACCAGCAGAUGGUGCCAGAGAAGGUGAUGGUGAUGAGGCUGAUGAAAAUGAAAAAGAUAAAUUUGCCUCUGAACCAUUGCUGGAUACAAAAUGCUGAGGGUUUUUUUUCAAAUGUGCUUGAUAUAUAUUGGCACCUGAUUGUUUAGGAUGGUUUGUCACACAAUGUUUUGGGUAAUUUUUUGAGAUGAUUUGACUUUGUUUCAUAUGAUUGAUGCCAGUUUCUUUUUUAGUUAUUGUUUUAUAUUUGUGAUACUAUUUGGAGAUGUUAAAAUGAGCAGUGUGUAUGAUUUAUAUGACUUACUGGCAUCUCGUGGUAAGGACUGCAGAUUGCAACCAGCUGACACUUUAACCAGUUUCAGCAAAAUUCGUUCCAAAAUGACAAAAUUCCAAAAUGCACUUCCAUGCUGUAGUUUC